CUUCCAGAAAGUGCGAGGGCGGUUGCGCAGGGAAGCGGGAGGUGGUUGGUUGGAUGCUAUUCGCUUUACAUAACCUAAACAUAUACUGUGAUUUUUUGAAAAGACGUCGCGCUUCAUAACCGCUUAAUCAAACCACCCAACACCAUUAUUUAACAGCUAACCGUGUCACUUAAGCUUGCAUUAAGGCAGGGCUGGAAAAGCAAAGUAUAGUUGCGCGGCGGCAGCAGAAACAAUCCUCCGCAUUUUCUUCACCGGACAGUCGUUCAGUGGACUAAACUGCGGUGCUGCUGUGCGUGAUUGAGGGAGCCCUGCCCUGCUGCACACCCGCAGCUCGUUCGGGAUCUGCAAACACUGUCGCCAGAAAAUGAGUGCGGAGGAAAAUCCCGCUGCUGAACCUGCACCUGUGGCCGACGUGCAGGGUGAUGGACGCUGGAUGUCACAGCAUAACCGGUUUGUGCAGGAGUGUAAGGAUGCAGAGCCUGAUGUUCUGUUUGUGGGGGACUCAAUGGUGCAGCUUAUGCAGCAGUACGAGGUGUGGAGGGAACUGUUCUCCCCUCUCCAUGCUCUGAAUUUUGGGAUUGGUGGGGAUACAACAAGCAAUGUGAUGUGGAGACUACAGAAUGGAGAACUGGAGAACAUCAGACCCCGGGUUGUGGUUGUAUGGGUAGGAACUAAUAACCAUGAGCACACUGCAGAUCAGGUUGCAGGAGGAAUUUUAGCUAUUGCGCAGUUACUUCUGUCUCGCCUCCCCAAAUCCAAAAUGAUCGUUUUGGGCCUAUUACCGAGAGGAGAGUUUCCAAACCCCCUGAGAGAGAAAAAUGCAUCCGUGAACAAUUUACUUCGAGCAUCACUUCCUCGACUCGGCCCCAUUCAGUUUCUCGACACGGGGAGUAGUUUUGUUCACUCAGAUGGGACUAUUUCCUCUCGAGACAUGUUCGACUACCUGCAUCUCACCGCUGGUGCUUACAGGACCAUUUCAACAACUCUCCACGAGCUGCUGCUUCAACUUCUGGAGGAAACGCCUCAGGAGAGGAGGGCUUCACUGGUUUAAAAAACCCCACUUUACUGGUUCAUCACUGGAGAGGCAGCGUUUUAGAAAAGUUGCAUAUUCAAAAUGUACUAAUUAAAAGAUUGGACAACAUGCGAAACAAAAAGGCUACGUAGGACAGUGGCUGAUUUUAUAUGAUCCGUAUAAAAUGUGUAUAUGUGUCCAAGAUGCUAGACACUAGGAGAAUGAAGAGUAGAUAUUUGUGACAAGACUAGAUUUUUCUUAGGACAGCAGUGGGACCUGAAUCUCAUCAAAAUCCUAUGGUCACAGUCUGAUAAUCCUUUAAUAGUAGCACUUACUCUGCCAGCUUCUCCGUGCCUUCAUACAUGCACUCGGUCACACUCACAGCGGUGUUAUGAUGAUAGUUCACAACAGAGAGAUAGAGAGAGAGAGAUCAUGCCUUUGAAAUAUCUGUCUUGCUCCUAUUUUCAGUACACAGAUGCAUCUGAAACCUCCUCUUUUCCUUUUGCCCUUUCAUAUUCCCAGUAACACAUAUAUGAUAUAUUAGAGUAAGACCGGAGUGAUCAAACCAUGUCAUUCCUUGUGUUUACGAGUUUGAAAGUGAGAAAGCCCCUCCUUUUAAAAGGAUAGUUCACCCAAUAAUGAAAAUCUACUUAUUUACUCAUCCUCAAGACUAUGGAGCUAAUAAUAUGCCAAAACAAUCUGAAUUAGAAUUGUGUUAAAUUAAAUUAUUGACAAAAUAAAUAAUAUAUAUAUUUUUUUAUUUGAAUUCCUUACAUUUAAUUUCCUAAUUCAAAUUUCCUUGUUAACCUCAUUUGUUAAGUGCUUAAAACUAUGUUUAAAACGUAAACAACAUAAAGAGGUGCUAAAAGUCUAUAUUGUUGUGAAUAGUGUACAGGGAAAGCCACUUGAUGAGUUUUCAACAUGAUGUUUAGCAGCCUUUCCUAUACUUAAAGCUAAAAUACAUACGAGUUUAAUUUUACAUUAGGCUAUAUGUAGAAAAAAUAUAUAUAUUUUUUUUCCUAUUUCCACCCCCUCCCCCUCAAACCCCCAUUCUCAUAAUUUAAAAUAAAAAUCCUAAUUACAGAAAUUCAAAUUCAAAACAAUUUUUAGCGGCAAAUAAAUAUUCAGAUUAUUAAAUUACAAUUGUCAAUAAUUCAAAUGAACACAAUUCAAAUUGAUAUUGUUUUGGCAUAUUAUUAGCUCCAUACUAGAUCCUCAGGUGAUUCCAAACCUUUAAGUUUCUUUCUUCUGUUGAAUGCAAAAAGACAAUUUGAAGAAAGCUGAAAGCCAUUGACUUCCAUAGUAGAAAAACAAACAAACACUAUGGAGUUCAAUGGUUACAGGUUUACAGCCUUCUUCAAAAUAUCUUCUUUUUCUGCUCAACAGAAGAAAGAAAGUAAAACUGAUUUGAACCAUCACUUUAAAGAAACAGUAGACCCAAAAAAAGCAUCUUCAAGUAACCAAAAAGUCCAUAUUGACUUCAUAGAGUGGGAAAACUCUAUGAAAAAUAAUUAAUCAAAAUAUCUUUAAUGUUCAGCAAAAGAAAUGAAUAGUUUUGGAACAACUGGAGAGUGAGUAAAUGAUAACAGAGUUGUUAUUUUUGGGUGAAAUCUAAUGCACAACCAUGAGGUUUUCCGUAUAAAUAUUUACCUCACCUGCAUCCAAUGUUUUUUGUGUGUGUCCUGGCGCUCUGUAAAGUAUUAUGUGAAGAGUUGGUGUGUGUGUAUGUGUGGACGAGCCACUGGACAAGAAGUGAUGUAUAAAAUGGUAUGCGAGUAUGUGUGAGUGUGUGUAUAUACAUAAAUAUAUAUAAAUAUAAUCUGUUAGUAUUAAUGUGCUCUGUGCAAAGUGCUUAUGUAGCUGGUGCUGUUGUACAUCAAUGUUUGUUUUUUUGUGUUGGAGUGUAAGAGAUCAACCAUCUGUAACUAUUUGUAUGGUCUGCAAAGCGUGCACUAUUACUGCGGCACAACUGCCACAUGCUUUAGAUCCAAGCAUUCCAAUAAAACAGCAGGGAUCAAA